AUGAAGCUUUACAAGAGGCUCAUUGGGGUGCGCCCGGAAGAACGUGUACCCGAUGACCUCAUUCUUACCAAGAUUGACCUUCCAAGUCCAACUGAACUUCUACGAGUCUCACGUUUGCGUUAUUUGAAGACCCUUUUUUCAGCUGGCAAAGUUGUCUCUUGGGGACUUUUCAAUGUGGAUCAGGGUUGGUGCCGGCUCAUUGAAGAUGAUUUGACCUGGAUGCACCAGCAGCUACGGAACUCUAGUUCCUUGCAAGAUCCCAAGCAGCACCUAGCGCAAUGGCUUGACAUCAUUCAAUAUCAUCCUGGCUUUUGGAAGCGGCUCACGACGAGAGCCAUGAAACAUGCUGCCGGACAACGUGCCAAGUUAUGCAAGGUGGUGCAGACACACAAUGAACUUUUUGAGCUCAUGCGCAACCAUGACUUCUCAGUGCCCACUCCGUUGCGGCGUAGAGAGCCAGAUAUGAGAUUGGGCACUGAUGGACUCAUUCCGCCUCUGCAAGCUGAAGGCCCUUUGGAUGAGGCGCGCAGACGAAGUGACUUCUCACUUGUUCUAGAGGAGCUAUAUGAAGACUUGGCUCUGAUCAUUCUACACUCCACGGAAUUGCGCCGCCUUGAGGAUUCGUUGAGAGAACGCAUCACCAGGGAACCGCUUUCGUGGACUAGAUGCCUUGCUACAUUAUGUGAACUCUACAACAACUUGGAGCAUGAUGCGCAGGAUCUGGGCGAUCUUCCACUGGCUGACGUCUUACAUGUGGUGAGGCGCCUACAGCUCCCGGACACUUGGCACUUCCUUAUUGAUGAGUCCUUUGUCCCAGUUGAGCACUUCACAGACCUCCCACAGCUCGAAGAGGCAUGUGGCGACAUUCAGUGGAACGAGCAGACCUUUGCCAUUCCGCGCACGUGGGGAAAGCAUCGCAUUGUGCUUCACGCGUUUGCGGGCCGGCGGCGGCCCGGUGACUUCCAAUUUUACUUGGAUCGGAUGUUGGCCACCUGUGAAGAUGGAGUCUUCAUUCAUGCAGUUUCGAUGGACAUCAUCUACGACACUGACUUGGGCGAUGCGUCUUCACGCACCACACAGGAGGUUUGGUAUCGCGGUAUUGACAAUUCCUGGGUUGUUGGCUUCAUUGGAGGCCCGCCGUGCGAGACUUGGAGCAAAGCUCGCGGAGUUGCCAUUGACCAUGCCGCCAAUCGCUCCGGACCAAGGGUUAUCAGGACUGCAGAGGCACUUUGGGGAUUGGAUGCUUUGGGGCUGAAGGAGCUUGCGCAGAUUUCUGUGGGCAAUGAUUUACUCCUCUUCUCCAUUGUCUGUCUGUACCGUUUGGCGCUGCGUGGUGGAGUUGGCGGGCUAGAACAUCCUGCAGAACCAGACUCUGAGGAUGCAGCGUCCAUUUGGAAACUGCGCAUCUUGAUCCUGUUGACACAUCUGCCAGGAGUUGAGGUGCUUCGAAUCCUUCAAGGGCAUUUUGGAGCACCUACGCCAAAGCCGACGCAGCUUUUGUGCCUUAACCUCCCAAGCUUGCCUGCAACGCUCAAGCAGUGUGCCGUUUGUGACCAACCACCUAAGCGUAGUGCGAUUGGCCUUCAGGCCAAUGGCCAAUGGGCCACGGCAAAACUGAAGGAAUACCCGCCUUCGCUAUGUCUUGCAUUUGCCAGAUGUUUUUUCACCCAGUUGCACUCAGACACCACACCAUUUUCUGAGUCCGUACAGGCCGAUGCUUUUCUUGCCAGUUGUCAAAAGCUGAUCGUACAGCAGUUUUCUGACUUUCUUGGCAAGGACUUCGCCGG